AGCAACAGAGAGAACCGAGGUAUUUUUCUACCGGAUAACCUAAUGGCAGAGCGCGAGGCGUCGCCGUUACCACUGGAGGUUCGCGCCCGGCUGGCGGAGCUGGAGCUCGAGCUGUCAGAGGGUGACAUCACACAGAAGGGUUAUGAGAAGAAGCGGUCUAAGCUGAUCAGGGCCUACUUUCCUCAUCCUGGAGGUAUGGAGGGUAUGUCUCACCGCCCCCCAUUUGCCCCCCCAUCUGCCGCUCGCUUCCACAGACGGCGCUCUUCUGGAACACGUGAUGAACGCUACCGUUCAGACGUCCACAGUGAGGCGGUGCAGGCAGUGUUAGCCAGACAUGUGGAGAGCAACGUGGCAGUGCCUAUGCCCUCCAAACGACGAUCACUAGUGGUACAGACAUCCAUGGAUGCGUACACACCCCCAGACUCGUCGUCGGGCUCAGAGGAAGAGGCGGGGCCAGGCAAUGACAUGCCGGGAAUGGAACACUGGAUGACUCGCCCUGCCCACUUAGGUCCAGCCCACCUAGGCUCCACCUCCUCGUCGUCCUCGUCCACUCAGAGCGGAGGAAGUGGCAACGCAGGACGACUGGCCGACUCGCUCGCACACACACAUGUAGAGAAUCACUCUGCUCCUCCUGAUGUGACUGGCUAUUCGUCUGACUCCUCCCACUCCCGCCCCCACUCAGAGCGCCACAUAGGAACCAUCGCCCGAAACACUCAGAAAUACGGCAAUGCCGAACGCAUGGAGACUGGAGACGGUGUCCCGGUCAGCAGUCGUGUGUCUGCUAAGAUCCAGCAGCUAGUGAACACUCUGAAAAUGCCUCGUAGACCUCCGCUAAGAGAGUUCUUUGUUGAUGACUUUGAAGAACUUCUAGAAGUCCAGCAGCCAGAUCCUAAGCAGCCGCGUCCGGAGGGGGCAGAAAUGUUGGCAGUAAGCGGAGAAGCCCUGGGGGUGGUGACUAACUGGCCCCCCUCCCUGGAGGCAGCUCUCCAACGCUGGGGAACCAUCAGCCCUAAAGCGCCCUGUCUCACCAGCCUGGAUACCACUGGCAAACCUCUAUAUGUACUCACAUACGGGAAGCUGUGGUCUCGGAGUAUCAAGCUGGCCUAUAACAUCCUCCACAAGCUGGGCAGUAAGCAGGAGCCCAUGUUGCGACCGGGGGACAGGGUGGCGCUGGUGUUUCCUAACAAUGACCCGGUGGCCUUCAUGGUGGCCUUCUACGGCUGCCUGCUGGCUGAGGUGGUCCCUGUACCCAUAGAGGUGCCCCUCACACGCAAGGAUGCUGGCAGCCAGCAGAUCGGGUUCCUAUUAGGAAGCUGUGGGGUUACCGUGGCGCUGACCAGUGAUGCCUGCCAUAAAGGCUUGCCCAAGAGCGCUACAGGAGAGAUACCACAGUUCAGAGGGUGGCCUAAGCUGCUGUGGUUCGUGACUGAGUCGAAGCAUCUCUCCAAACCUCCUAGAGAUUGGUUCCCUCACAUCAAAGAUGCAAACAGCGACACAGCAUAUAUAGAGUAUAAAACGUGUAAGGAUGGGAGUGUCCUGGGCGUGACAGUGAUGAGGAUCGCUCUGCUGACUCACUGCCAAUCCCUCACACAGUCGUGUGGCUACACAGAAGCGGAGACCAUAGUGAAUGUUCUAGACUUUAAGAAGGAUGUGGGACUGUGGCACGGCAUCCUCACGAGUGUGAUGAACAUGAUGCAUGUGAUCAGCGUUCCCUACUCUCUGAUGAAGGUCAACCCGUUGUCCUGGAUACAGAAGGUCUACCACUUCAAAGCCAAGGUAGCAUGUGUAAAGUCCAGGGACAUGCACUGGGCUCUGGUGGCCCACAGAGAGCAGAAGGACAUCAGCCUGAGUUCCCUCCGUAUGCUGCUGGUCGCCGACGGAUCUAACCCCUGGUCUAUUUCGUCCUGUGAUGCGUUCCUCAACGUGUUCCAGAGUAAAGGCUUGAGGUCAGAGGUCAUCUGUCCCUGUGCCAGCUCUCCUGAAGCCCUGACCGUUGCCAUCAGGAGGCCAGUGGAGGACAGUAGCCAGCCCCCAGGCCGAGGGGUUCUCUCCAUGCAGGGUCUGAGUUACAGUGUGGUCCGCGUCGACACCGAGGAACGAUUGUCAGUCCUUACUGUGCAGGAUGUGGGCACUGUUAUGCCCGGAGCCGUAGUGUGUGUGGUGAAGCCAGAGGGUGUGCCUCUCCUGUGUAAGACAGAUGAGAUCGGGGAGCUGUGUGUGUGUUCUGUCGCGACGGGAACCUCUUACUAUGGAUUGACAGGCAUGACCAAGAACACCUUUGAGGUGUUCCCUGUAGCCUCAGGUGGAGGCCUGGUCAGUGAGUAUGCGUUUGUGCGUACGGGGCUGCUGGGCUUUGUGGGUCCAGGCGGUCUGGUGUUUAUCUCCGGAAAGAUGGACGGCCUCAUCAUGGUCAGCGGGCGCAGACAUAACGCUGAUGACAUCGUAGCCACCGCACUGGCCGUGGAGCCAAUGAAAUUCGUCUACAGGGGGAGGAUAGCAGUGUUCAGUGUGACCGUGCUGCGUGAUGAGCGUAUCGUGGUGGUAGCAGAGCAGAGACCAGACUCUACUGAGGAGGACAGCUUCCAGUGGAUGAGCCGUGUGCUGCAGGCGAUAGACAGUAUCCAUGGUGUGGGUGUGUUCUGCCUGGGGUUAGUUCCAGCCAACACCCUCCCUAAGACCCCCCUGGGGGGUAUACACCUGUCUGAGACCAAACAGCUCUACCUGGAGGGGGGGCUGCACCCCUGUAACGUGCUCAUGUGUCCUCACACCUGUGUUACCAACCUGCCCAAACCACGACAGAAACAACCAGAGAUUGGUCCUGCCUCUGUGAUGGUGGGGAAUCUGGUGUCUGGGAAGAGGAUCGCUAUGGCCAGCGGCAGAGACCUGGGACAGACUGAUGACAACGACCAGUUCCUGUUCCUGUCAGAGGUGCUGCAGUGGAGAUCUCAGACGACGCCUGAUCACAUCCUCUACACACUGCUCAGCUCCCGGGGGCUGGUGUCUAGUUCUCUGACCUGUCUUCAGCUCCAUAAGAGGGCGGAGAGAGUUGCUGCUUUGCUGCUGGAGAGAGGAGGACUACAGGAGGGAGACCACAUAGCACUGGUCUACCCACCAGGUAUAGAUUUGAUCGCAGCGUUCUACGGUUGCCUUUACGCUGGCUGUGUUCCUAUCACGGUCAGACCGCCCCACCCACAGAACAUCUCAACCACACUGCCCACAGUCAAGAUGAUCGUAGAGGUCAGUCGUUCGGCCUGUGUGAUGACCACAGCGGUCAUCUGUAAGCUGCUGCGGUCGAAGGAGGCGGUCGCCACAGUGGACAUCAGGAACUGGCCUCCCGUCCUGGACACAGAUGACCUGCCAAAGAAGAAGCCUCCAGCACUAUAUAAGCCCUGUAACCCUGAUGCCCUGGCCUACCUGGACUUCAGUGUGUCCACUACUGGCAUGCUGGCUGGAGUACAGAUGUCCCAUAAUGCGGUGGGAGCGUUCUGUCGAUCGGUGAAGCUGCAGUGUGAACUGUAUCCCUCCAGAGAGGUAGCCAUCUGUCUUGACCCCUACUGUGGCCUGGGCUUCGUCCUCUGGUGUCUCUGCAGUGUGUACAGUGGCCACCAGUCGAUCCUGAUCCCUCCAGUAGAGUUGGAGUCUAACCCAGCCCUGUGGCUGCUCGCUGUCAGCCAGCUCCGAGUCAGAGACACCUUCUGUUCCUACAGCGUCAUGGAGCUCUGCACUAAAGGACUGGGCCUGCAGACAGAGGCACUGAAGGCACGGGGCCUGGACCUGUCCCGUGUGAGGGCGUGUGUUGUGGUAGCAGAGGAGAGACCCAGGAUGUCUCUAACACACUCCUUCUCCAAGCUGUUUAAAGACCUGGGCCUGCACCCCCGAUCUGUCAGCACAGCAUUCGGCUGUAGGGUCAACCUGGCUAUCUGUCUACAGGGCACCUCUGGGCCGGAUCCCACUACAGUGUACGUGGACAUGAGAGCUCUGCGGCAUGAUAGGGUGCGGUUGGUGGAGAGAGGUUCUCCUCACAGUCUCCCUCUCAUGGAGUCAGGAAAGAUCUUACCUGGCGUCCGCAUCAUCAUCGCCAACCCAGAGACCAAGGGACCCCUGGGAGACUCCCACCUAGGAGAGAUCUGGGUGCACAGUGCCCAUAAUGGCAGUGGAUAUUACAGUGGUUAUGGAGAGGAGGUCCUCCAGUCUGAUCACUUCACCUCCAGACUUAGCUUCGGAGACACGUCCACCAUCUGGGCUCGCACCGGAUACCUGGGCUUCUUACGACGUACUGAACUCACCGAUGCCAGCGGAGAGAGACAUGAUGCUCUGUAUGUUGUGGGCGCGUUGGAGGAGGCCAUGGAGCUGAGGGGGAUGAGGUACCAUCCUAUAGACAUAGAGACCUCCGUCAUCAGGACGCACAAGAACAUCAUGGAGUGUGCGGUGUUUCCCUGGACUAACCUGCUGGUAGUCGUAAUAGAACUAGAAGGCUCGGAACAGGAAGCCCUGGACCUGGUUCCCAUGGUGACCAAGGCGGUGCUGGAGGAGCAUUACCUCAUCGUUGGGGUCGUCGUAGUAACGGACAUCGGGGUGAUCCCCAUCAACUCUCGCGGGGAGAAGCAGCGCAUGCACCUCCGGGACGGCUUCCUACAGGACCAGCUCGACCCCAUCUACGUGGCUUAUAACAUGUAACCCAGACGCCCCAUCCUGGGGGGGUGGACCUGAGUGAGGGAGAUGUGUGUGUAUGUGUGUGUUAGCAUGCGUGUGUAUGGAUAUGUGCGUGUAUAUCGCUGGUGUUCAUUUUAAAUCAAGACGUACUGUAUUUUUGAAUCUGCACAUGGUCAUAUGGUGUGGUGCCAGUUGUCUGAUCCUUUAGUUGUGCUGUGGUGGAGGUAUGGCUGUUUCUGCACCCCCGGUUAAACCUGACACCUAGACAGGAAGUCACUGUACAAAACCUUAAGGGAACACUGUGUAUCGAUAGACAGGAAGUCACUGUACAAAACCUUAAGGGAACACUGUGUAUCGAUAGACAGGAAGUCACUGUACAAAACCUUAAGGGAACACUGUGUAUCGAUAGACAGGAAGUCACUGUACAAAACCUUAAGGGAACACUGUGUAUCAAUAGACAGGAAGUCACUGUACAAAACCUUAAGGGAACACUGUGUAUCGAUAGACAGGAAGUCACUGUACAAAACCUUAAGGGAACACUGUGUAUCGAUAGACAGGAAGACUGACUGGACCACUAGUAGUUGUUGUUAGGAGAGAGAGAGAAAAUAUCUCUGAACAUAUCUGUUUUCUUGAUGAAAUACACAUUAAAAAUAAUGUUAUUAAAGUAUAUUGUCAGAAGAAGACAGGGGGUUCAGAUUAGUGUAUAAAUAUAAAUAUUGUAUAUAAACAUAAUCUAUAUGGAGAGAUAACUAAAACACACUGAGGACUAGCCCUGUUAUACAGCUCUCUCCACCCACACCCUGUGUACAUGUGUGCGCGUGUGUGUGUGUGAGCGCAAUGCAGCAAUCCUCUUAUCAGAAUCACAUUCUCGAUUUCUUUCCUAAAACCCAUUGACUCCUAAAUGCCAAGUGAAUCCGUUAGAAGUAAACCAUUGUUUCUAUCCCACAUUGUUUAAACAUUUUACGCAUAUGAUUAUGGUAAUAUGUGAUUCUGCUAAGCAGAGAGCCCAGUAAGUAGCAGAGGAAAAAUGUAGUUGCAAGGAGUUGUAAAACUGAGCUCUGGACCAGAGACACAAUGCUUUCUGAAUGGCCCCCUGUUUCCUUUAUAGUACACUACUUAGGACAAGUAGGACUCCAUGUAGGGAAUGAGGUGGUAUUUGAGACACACCCACAGUGAAGUGUUCUAACAGAGACACACCCACAGUGAAGUGUUCUAACAGAGAGACACACCCACAGUGAAGUGUUCUAACAGAGACACACCCACAGUGAAGUGUUCUAACAGAGACACACCCACAGUGAAGUGUUCUAACAGAGACACACCCACAGUGAAGUGUUCUAACAAAGAGACACACCCACAGUGAAGUGUUCUAACAGAGACACCCACAGUGAAGUGUUCUAACAGAGACACACCCACAGUGAAGUGUUCUAACAGAGACACACCCACAGUGAAGUGUUCUAACAGAGACACACCCACAGUGAAGUGUUCUAACAGAGACACA